UCACGCUGGCCUAAGCUCUAGAGUGUCAAAAAGGUCAACCCAAGAUUUAUCAAAGCAAAAGCCCACCAUUGAAUCAAACCAACCCGUACCAUUUCCACAUGGCCGAAGAGAAGAAGCAAACUUCUUCGAUGGAGAAGGAGGAAGAGCUAAAAAAACUUAGCACCUAAUCUGGAUAAUAAAUGGGAGGUUGCUACCAAAUUAGGGCUGCCUAAGCCAAGCAUCACAUUUCUAUUUACAGCAUAAUUUCUUGAUUCACUAGGGCAACAAAACAAAGGAGAAAAAAGUCGUCACAAAAUUUCUCCCAUAUAACACUCACAAAACACACAUAAGCAAGGACAAGAGGGAAAGAGGCUGCACACAAAGCCGCUUGUAGACGGCCACAAGAAAACAUCGUCUCCAGCUGCCGGCUUCCCUCUCUAUUCUGCCAUCCCAUUAAAGAACCCCCUCCUCCCCUCCACAUCUACUCUUUCAUUUCUUCUAAAAUCUUCCCUUCUCAUUGGAUGACCUAGCUAGUCAUUAUCCCCUCUCUCAGCAUCUACCUCUCUGCACUUUCUUCUUCCUUAAUUACGUGUGUCUGUGUUUGUGCACUUCUCUUGGCGAAGUUAAAUGGGAAAAACAUCAAAGCAAAGCCUGAAGGACACUGCGAACACUAGCACAAAUCCUACAAACAAGGUGAAGCGGACACGAAAAACUGUGCCACGAGACUCUCCUCCUCAACGUAGCUCCAUCUACAGAGGCGUGACGAGGCAUCGAUGGACCGGGCGUUAUGAGGCUCAUUUGUGGGAUAAGAACAGCUGGAAUGAAUCACAGAACAAGAAAGGAAGACAAGUGUAUCUAGGGGCCUAUGAUGAUGAAGAAGCGGCUGCACAUGCCUAUGACUUGGCAGCAUUAAAGUACUGGGGACAGGAUACCAUCCUCAAUUUCCCUUGGUCAACUUACAAAGAAGAGCUCAAAGAGAUGGAGGGUCAGUCAAAAGAAGAAUAUAUUGGAUCGUUGAGGAGAAAAAGUAGUGGAUUUUCACGCGGGGUGUCCAAAUAUAGAGGCGUGGCCAGACACCAUCAUAAUGGGAGAUGGGAAGCUCGAAUUGGCAGAGUUUUCGGCAACAAAUACCUCUACCUUGGAACAUAUGCCACUCAAGAAGAAGCAGCAACAGCAUAUGAUAUGGCAGCUAUAGAGUACCGUGGAAUUAAUGCUGUUACAAACUUUGACCUAAGCCGCUACAUCAAAUGGCUACGUCCCAAUAACCAUAAUAAUGUUAAUAAUCCUCAACAAAACCCUAAUUGUGAUGCUAAUCCGAUUCAAAACCUCGACCAAAAGAUUGAAUUGGAUUUCAUGCCCCAUCAACAGAGUUCGAAUGUUAAUGGGACGGAAGAGCUGACUGAUCCAGCCCGGUCUGGUGGCACUGGUGGCUCGGCAUCAUCAGCAUUAGGGCUUUUGUUGCAAUCCUCCAAGUUCAAGGAAAUAUUGGAAAGAACAUCGGCUGCAGAUUGCCCCUUGACGCCACUACCCCCCUUGACGCCACCCGAGUCGGAUCGUGAUCCGCCACGCCGGAGCUUCCCGGAUGACAUCCAAACCGUCUUCGAUUGCCAAGACUCUAGUAGUUACACUGAUGACGAUGAUAUUAAUAUUUUCGGGGAGCUAAAUCCAUUUGCUUCGCCGAUUUUCCACUACGAAUUGGAUGGACAGGAGAUGGUAUUUGGCCCAAAUAAGUCUAAUAUCCUCACAACAUAAAUAUUUUUGGUUUUGUGAAUAUGGAGUCAAGGAUCGAUGUUGACAAGAGGGAAAGAUCGAUGAUGAUGACGAUGAUGAUCAUGAAAAGGGUAAGAUUAAAUAUUACAAUUCAUGUUUUUUUAGGCACAAUGCCUCUCUUCUUGGAUUACAAUUUGGAAAGACGAGAGUUUGCUAAUUUUUAUUGUUUCAUUUCCAUGUAGAUAUAGACAAAGUUAGACAUUCAUUUAUCAAUAUUUCGAUUAAUUAUAAGACAUUUUGGCA